AUGGUCACCGCUAGUGGGACGUCAUUCUUUAAGGGUGUGUUGCUCGGCAGCAUUUCCGGGGUUUGGGGAACUGUGUUCCGCCAGGGUCACAUCCCACACGGACGUCCCACUCAAGACCUAGAACACCACCACCUUCGUCCUCCCAGCCGAAAAGAUUUCCUAAACGUCUCAAAACCGACACUCGUGGAGCUCAGCAAAAGUAUCCGUGUUUUUUGAGAACCGGAAGAUGAGUGUUCCUGGUCUGUGCCAAAAGAGACUUGGGCCAAACACUGUGACAAAGCAGAGCUCUUCGGUCCUAACAAUGAUCAUCUGUUCAAUAUAGAAAGAAGUGACAAGUGCGUACAGAUGAGGCUGUCUUACAAACGUUUUGAAAAAUAUUCCGACAACUACAACUGGGUCUCUCUUGCACGUCCCACUGCAUUGGCUGGCACUGAACAUUUAAAGCACCUUUUGUUGACAAGGAACGCAUCACCAACUUCCUAUCUGGGCCACACCGUCACACCUGGAGACCUCGAAUACGUGACCGUGGAAGGAGGAAUUGUCUUAAGUAUAGAGUCGAUGAAGAGACUUCACAGACUUCUCGGUAACUCCGAGAACUGGAGGUCAAAGUGUGAUGUGGAGGCCAUCUGUCUGAAACACACCGGAGUUCUUGCAGAGAACGCAGAGGAUUCUGAGGGAAGAGAUGUGUUUAACACUACUGUGCAUCUUAUCCAAGAAACAAUGUCUAAUCACCCAUGGCAAGUAGUAGAAGGCUGCUGUUCAGAUAUGGCUGUUACUUUUGAUGGACUGACUCCUCAUAACAUGGAAGUAAUGAUGUAUGGUGUGGACCAGCUCAGAGCAUUUGGACAUCAUUUCAGUGACACGCUGGUUUUCUUGCCUCCAGAGGAUUUAGAAAAUGACAGAGGGCUAAGGAAUAAUAGAACUGUGCUGUCCAAGAGCACUAGGAAUGUGGAGAAACAGAAAAAUCCACCAAAUUUUGCUAGUGAACAACAACAAAAACGAAUAGUUUUUGAACAGGACUAUGCAAAUACCUUGCCUGAUUUCUUCUUCUGA